GGCUCCACCUGCUAACAAAGGUGUGGCAUUGCAAGGUGUGCCCAUGUGGCACGAGCUGAGAUUGCAGAGGGGAGCCUGGCACUGUCCUUGACAGCCAGGGCCCCCUACUCUGCCCUCCAUGGCAGCGAUCCAGGCAGGCCCUUCUGCGCUUUACCUGGAACCACAGAUGGGACCAGCAGACGACUCCGAUUCGGAUUCUGACAGCCCGGUCCCCAGUGGCCCUGGCCCCGGCCCGGGCCACCCUGCCUGCCCCCAAGUGAUCCACAGCGGGCACUUCAUGGUGUCCUCUCCGCACAGCGAUGCCAUGCCGCGCCGGCGCCACCACCCGUCUGAGGCAGAAGCCCGCGAUUCUCCGAGCAUCGACCCCACCCUCACGCGGCUCUUUGAGUGCAUGAGCCUGGCCUACAGUGGGAAACUGGUGUCCCCAAAGUGGAAGAACUUCAAGGGGCUGCGGCUGCUUUGGCGAGACAAGAUCCGCCUCAACAACGCCAUUUGGAGAGCCUGGUACAUCCAGUAUGUGGAACGCCGGAAGAACCCCGUCUGUGGGUUUGUCACCCCCUUGGAUGGCUCGGAGGCAGAUGACCACCGGAAGCCAGAGGCUGUUGUGCUGGAAGGAAAAUACUGGAAGCGGCGCAUUGAGGUGGUGAUGAAGGAGUAUCACAAGUGGCGGAUUUACUACAAAAAAAGGCUCCGCAGGUUCAGCCAGGAUGAAGAGAGCUUCAGCCCCAAACCAGAUGGCGGGGCUUGCAGGUCGCCAGAGAACUGGUGCGACCAGCUCUUCUCCAACAUGGUUCCAAUGCUGCUGAGGGACAAGGAAGAAGAGGCCGGGGGGUCCCCACUUUUUGAUAUGGACAGCUUCUUGUCGGACAUCUCUGACACCCUCUUCACCAUGACCCAGGCCAGCUGCCCUCCUCAGCCAUCCCCGGAAGAAACCUACACGGGCAACGCGGACAUGAUCCAGCCAGACUUGGCCCCGUUGCAGCCGAAUCUCGACGAUUUCAUGGAGAUAUCUGAUUUCUUCUCUACCCCUCGGACGCUGCCUGCACAGAACUACCAGGACCAGACUAGUUUUGUGCCAGACACCCUGUUUGGUACUGGUGGCGGCACCCUCCUCCCCAGCCCUGUGGACACUUUGCCUCCCCCAGGCCCUGACAGUUCUCCUGGCCUGCCCAGCGCUCGGCUCCAGCCGGCAGGAGAUCGCUCUACUCCACUUGGCUCAUCUGGGGCCUUCCUUGGCUCUGAUCUUCUGCCAGCCCCACUGCCCUCAACGCCCCGCAGCAGCCUUGGCCCUGACCUCAAGCAUAAGCCAGUACUGCCUUACACAUUCCCCAGCAAGUGGCUCACCCUGGACCCCUACGACUCCUAUUGCCCUGCCCCACUGCUGAGCCCGGAGGCAGGGCACCUGGCCUCUUCCGCCCUGCGUCCCAAGUUCCACUACCCACCCUCCACGCCGUGCUUCCCCCCCAACACCCCUGGCUAUGGCAUGGACCUGCCUUCGGGAUACCCCCCUCCGUUCAGUGCCCCCCAUCUGCAUCCUGGUAUCCCCAGCGGCCCCAUGUUUGGCACUGGUGCCCGAGGGCAGCCCCAGCCUGGGAGCGAGAGGCCAAAGACGAAGGUGGCAAACGCCAAGAGCAAGAGGCCCCCACUCGUGGCAGUGCCAAACCCGUGUCUGACGCAGCUGCUGUCCACAGCUAAACCGGAGCCUAGACUAGAGGAUUUGCCUGAUCCCAGCCACACCCUGCUGCCGCCCGUGCCUGAAGCCCUGCAAAACACCUUUUGCGAAGAGCCGGCCAGCUUCUUGCCCAGAAUGGCCCAGCUUAGUCCUCGUCUCUCCUCAGUCUCCAGCCCCUCGCAGUCCAUCCCGAUCACGCUGCCAGCGGGAUCCCUGUGGGUCCCCAAGACGGAACGCCUCUCCCCUACCCCUGCCUGUGCCAGUAAUCGGAGGAUGUCGGGGCAGGGAUCCCCAGUCUCCAUUGAGGGGAUGAUUUCAUCCCCUUCCUACUCCUGUAGCCGGAACAGGACAGAGCCAAGCAAGACGGAGAGCCGCCGGAUCACCCACAUCUCGGCCGAGCAGAAGCGCCGUUUCAACAUCAAGCUUGGCUUUGACACACUGCACACGUUGGUGAGCACCCUGAGCGCCCAGCCCAGCCUCAAGGUCAGCAAAGCCACCACUUUGCAGAAGACGGCGGAAUACAUCGGCAAGCUGCAGCAAGAGCGGGCUGCCCUGCAGGAUGAGGCGCAGCACCUGCGGAAUCAGAUCGAGGAGCUGAACACUACCAUCAACUUGUGCCAGCACCAGCUGCCUGACACAGGGGUGCCCAUCACCCGCCAGCGCUUUGACCAGAUGCGGGACAUGUUUGACGAGUACGUCCGCUCUUGCACCUUGCAGAACUGGAAGUUCUGGGUCUUCAGCGUCAUCAUGAGGCCGCUCUUCGAAUCCUUCAAUGGGAUGGUCUCCACCAGCAGCCUGGAGAGCCUCAGCCAAACAUCUCUGGCCUGGCUGGAUCAGUACUGCUCCCUCCCGGCACUGCGACCUACUGUCCUGAGUGCCCUUCGCCAGCUGAGUGUUUCCACUUCGAUCCUGACCGACCCGGCGGGCAUCCCUGAGCAGGCGGCCCAGGCAGUGACGGGGGCAGGGCCCAGCAACAGUUCUUCAUAGCCCCGAGGGAUGAGGUCCUAGCCAGGGCCGUUGCCUGGACCAGCAACAAGAUCUGUCCCCCCUGCAGAUGAACUGCUUGCAGAAAGCAGCCUGGAAGGAGGCGGUCUGCGCUGGCCGGCCUGUCCUCUGCCUGGAAGGGAAGCCCACAGCGGAGGCUUCUUUACCUUGGCAGGCCGUUCUGUGCCUUUGCUAGCAACCACAGCUGCAAAUCCACUGGGCACAACUUAAGAAAGCCACCAUUGUGGCAUUCUCCACCUCUUCUUGGCCUCAGCUUGGCCAGUGCGUGUGUGGGGGGGUGAUUUUGCCUCCGGACCUUGCAUGGGCUAUGCGCUUUCUCUUGCACACGGUGCGGACACUCUCCAGUUUCUGCAACAGCCACAAUGGUACUGUGCCACUUUUCCGGUCAUGGUGGAUGACCAUGAUGGAUGCCUUUUUCCUCUGUAGAAUCUUGCUUGCCUUCAAUGACAGCUGGAACUCUGAGAAGUGCCCGCAAUGCAGCUUAACCCCCUUGUGCCUUAACCCCCAUUUUUACCAUUUUUACAGGAGACAAACCUGGUCUUUGUGUCUCGUUUAGGGAUGUGCUAUAAUUCUGCCCAAUUUGGAUUUCCUACUGAAUGUCCAUUAAUUUGCUUAUUCUCUGUCUUUGCAGAUCAGAUUUUUAAGUAGUGAUUUUCCACUGAUAUUUUUGAAAAUAUUUUUUUAAAAAACCCA